GAGAACAUAGUAAUCCCUAUUCUGCAAAUGUGUUAGGGAUGGGGUCUAAUAUGCAAGUGGCUGUCAAAAUCUUCUUUUUUGCUUUUGGGAUAUCUUCCUUUAUGCUCGCUGAAAAUCAAGCAACAGUAAUUACUUGUCUACUUGGAUCACCCACAACUGGUGUUGUCAGCACAAAGCCAAUAGGGAAAAAUAUAUUUCUGGCUGGAGAAUAUGUGGAGAUUAUAUGCUCAAAAAAAUACUGGAUUUUUGGAACAAAGCAAGUGUCACGAAAUAUUAAAUGCCAAGAGGAUGGGAAAUGGGAAUUCAGGCCAGUGUGUGAGGAAAUCACCUGUGAAUAUCCCAGAGGUGAACAUCUGUUAAAUAAUCCGUCCUACUACAAGCACAUUUAUAAAUUAGGGGAGAACACAUGGUACAGAUGUGAAUAUGGUUAUCAACGUACAGCUGCAAGUAUUACAUGUACAGAGAACGGCUGGGAGCCAGAACCACGAUGUAUUGAAAUUACUUGUCAAAAACCAGAGAUUGCACAUGGAGAAGUGAUGGGGAUACAAAAGAAUACUUAUAAUAGAAAUGUAAAAAUAGAGCUCAAGUGUAAUCAAGGAUAUGAACCUAAAAGAUUUCUCGUCACCUGUAACCAAAAUGGGGAAUGGGACAACAUGCAGCAAUGCACAUUGGUGAAAUGCCCUAUUAUUAGCAAUUUAGGCGAUGUGAUUGCAAAAGGCAACACUGAAGAAGCAAGCUAUGGUGAUGUUAUCCACUUUGAGUGUGCAUCUCAUGACAAGAUGUUAGAGGGAGCAGAAGAAAUACACUGCAAAGAUGAUGGACAAUGGAGUGACAAAAAACCGAAGUGUAUAGAAAAAACAACUUGUGCAGGAGCCUCUGUGGAAAAUGUGUUCACACAUAAAUUGCCUGGAGGAUUUUCUUACUCAUGUCACGCAAACUAUAAAGCAUUUGAUGAGAAAUGGUGGGGAGUGGUAAUCUGCACUGAAGGCCCACAGAGUUAUGCACCACUGUGUAUACCUAAUGAUCAGUGUGGACAAAUACCCAAUGUUCAUGCAAAGAAAAUUCAAGUAAAGAAAGGCUAUAAGAAUGAGGAAACAGUAGAGUUUGAAUGUGAAUCAAAACCAUGUUGUUUUAAAUGUAUCAGUGGAACGUGGCAAGACUGUCAAUGUAUUCCUCCCAGUGUUGAAAAUGCAGUUAUUACUUCACACAGUCAGCAUCAAGUGGAAUACACAUGUCGAAAUAAUUACACAAUAACUGGGAAACGGUUAAUAUCCUGCAACAGCUCACAGUGGAAAGAACUACCAACAUGCAAAUCAACAGUAAUUACUUGUCCACUUGGAUCACCCACAACUGGUGUUGUCAGCACAAAACCAAUAGGGAAAAAUAUAUUUCUGGCUGGAGAAUAUGUGGAGAUUAUAUGCUCAAAAAAAUACUGGAUUUUUGGAACAAAGCAAGUGUCACGAAAUAUUAAAUGCCAAGAGGAUGGGAAAUGGGAAUUCAGGCCAGUGUGUGAGGAAAUCACCUGUGAAUAUCCCAGACGUGAACAUCUGUUAAAUAAUCCGUCCUACUACAAGCACAUUUAUAAAUUAGGGGAGAACACAUGGUACAGAUGUGAAUAUGGUUAUCAACGUACAGCUGCAAGUAUUACAUGUACAGAGAACGGCUGGGAGCCAGAACCACGAUGUAUUGAAAUUACUUGUCAAAAACCAGAGAUUGCACAUGGAGAAGUGAUGGGGAUACAAAAGAAUACUUAUAAUAGAAAUGUAAAAAUAGAGCUCAAGUGUAAUCAAGGAUAUGAACCUAAAAGAUUUCUCGUCACCUGUAACCAAAAUGGGGAAUGGGACAACAUGCAGCAAUGCACAUCAACAGUAAUUACUUGUCCACUUGGAUCACCCACAACUGGUGUUGUCAGCACAAAACCAAUAGGGAAAAAUAUAUUUCUGGCUGGAGAAUAUGUGGAGAUUAUAUGCUCAAAAAAAUACUGGAUUUUUGGAACAAAGCAAGUGUCACGAAAUAUUAAAUGCCAAGAGGAUGGGAAAUGGGAAUUCAGGCCAGUGUGUGAGGAAAUCACCUGUGAAUAUCCCAGAGGUGAACAUCUGUUAAAUAAUCCGUCCUACUACAAGCACAUUUAUAAAUUAGGGGAGAACACAUGGUACAGAUGUGAAUAUGGUUAUCAACGUACAGCUGCAAGUAUUACAUGUACAGAGAACGGCUGGGAGCCAGAACCACGAUGUAUUGAAAUUACUUGUCAAAAACCAGAGAUUGCACAUGGAGAAGUGAUGGGGAUACAAAAGAAUACUUAUAAUAGAAAUGUAAAAAUAGAGCUCAAGUGUAAUCAAGGAUAUGAACCUAAAAGAUUUCUCGUCACCUGUAACCAAAAUGGGGAAUGGGACAACAUGCAGCAAUGCACAUUGGUGAAAUGCCCUAUUAUUAGCAAUUUAGGCGAUGUGAUUACGACAGGCAACACUGAAGAAGCAAGAUAUGGUGAUUUUAUCCGCUUUAAGUGUGCAUCUCCUAACAAGAUGUUAGAGGGACCAGAAGAAAUACACUGCAAAGAUGAUGGACAAUGGAGUGACAAAAUACCGAAGUGUAAAGAAAAAACAACUUGUGCAGGAGCCUCUGUGCAAAAUGGGUUCACAAAUAAAUUGCCUGGAGGAUUUUCUUACUCAUGUCACGCAAACUAUAAAGCAUUUGAUGAGAAAUGGUGGGGAGUGGUAAUCUGCACUGAAGGCCCACAGAGUUAUGCACCACUGUGUAUACCUAAUGAUCAGUGUGGACAAAUACCCAAUGUUCAUGCAAAGAAAAUUCAAGUAAAGAAAGGCUAUAAGAAUGAGGAAACAGUAGAGUUUGAAUGUGAAUCAAAACCAUGUUGUUUUAAAUGUAUCAGUGGAACGUGGCAAGACUGUCAAUGUAUUCCUCCCAGUGUUGAAAAUGCAGUUAUUACUUCACACAGUCAGCAUCAAGUGGAAUACACAUGUCGAAAUAAUUACACAAUAACUGGGAAACGGUUAAUAUCCUGCAACAGCUCACAGUGGAAAGAACUACCAACAUGCAAAUGUAAGUAGAUAUGGAUCUGAAAAGUGAAACCAUUGGAGGACGAAAUAGCCAUCAACAACCGUUGCCUGGAGACGAAGAAAUGUACAUAAAUCAUGGUGAAUCUAUAAUAUCCAGGUGUCAAUCAGGAACAUAUCAAAAACAGAUAUAGCAGAAGUGUCUUGAUGGAAUAUUACACCUGCUUUCAUUAAUUAAAAUUCUAACAGAUUUUCCUGUAACUGCUAAAAUAAUAAUGGACCCAUACAGCCAUAAAUUAAAUAUGCUUUAAUAUAUUUGUAUGAAAUAUAGUAUGGUUAAAUCUUUAAAAUACCUGUGUAUUUCAGUUUUAAAAAAAAAUUUAAAAAAACACUGCAAUAAAGUGAUGUUUUAAUUUUAACUAAAAGGAAUUUAGAUUCUGUGCUCACAAUUUAGAGUUAUUAUUUAUGUUUUUAUGGGAUAGCCACACUGUGUGUAAUAAAUUGAAUUUAGGAAAUAAAAAAUAGGGUCGUCAGUGGUUUCACAAUUUGUUGUGGGGUGUGUAUGGGGUGGCAUGGAUGACUUCCAGCAUUAAAUUAUGUCCCAGUCCGGCCCUGCUGACUUCCUUGAUGUGUUGAGUGACAUGGAUGAUGCUAACAGGGCAGCGUGCAGCGUGGAGAAGAGCAGCAUGACCAGUUCAUGCAGCUGCUACUCGAGAAGUGCCUUGAUGGAAUAUUACACUUGUUUUCAUAUCUUAAACUUCCAAAAGAUUUUCAUGUAAUAAUUAUUCACAAAAUAAUGUUUUGAAUUUUAUUCUUGAAAAAUAAUCAUGGACCCAUAUACCCAGAGUGACAAUUAUAAGUGACUAAAGAAGAAUUUAUAUUUUUCAAAGGAUAUCCUAAUUCUAUGCCAAGUACUAUAAUGUUCUAUUUUAAUUACGAUUUUUACAUGAAUGAGGAUUGUGUCUUUUCAUAGAUAAUUCAGCAAGUCAAUAAAAAUAUUUCAAACUA